AAUAUAAUAAAGUAAUUAGAUUGUGUUUUGGUGUGGAAGUGGGGGGUUUCUUGCGGUGAGAGAGAAACUCUGAUUCUGUUGAUUGGAACCAUUUCAUUUCAAUCUUGUUGAUUACCCUUUCAAUUUUCAAGCUUCAAUUUUUAAACUUUGCUCGAAAAAUGGCGAUUGGGAAUACGGGAAUUACCAAUUGGUUCCACAAGAAAAUCACUGAUCCUCUUCUCGCCAUUCUACACAGAGGAGCAGAGCCAAACCAGUUGGCUUUCUCUGCUGCUCUUGGCAUUACUUUGGGAGUAUUUCCUAUAUGUGGUGUUACUGUAUUCCUCUGCGGAGUGGCUAUUGCAUUGCUUGGAUCAUAUUGUCAUGCUCCAACUUUGAUGCUCACAAACUUUAUGGCUACUCCAAUAGAGUUGAGUCUGAUUGUACCUUUUCUACGCUUCGGUGAAGUUUUGUCUGGCGGACCUCAUUUCCCUUUAACAUCUGAUGCUUUAAAGAAAGUUCUUACCGGUCAAGCUUCACAUGAGAUCAUAUUAAGCAUUGUCAAUGCGUUAUUAGGGUGGCUGGCUGCGUCACCGUUUAUUCUCGGAACAUUAUACAUAGUUUUUUUACCAUGCUUCAGAAUUCUUGUUCAGAAAUUCUCAAAUGUACCUUUAAGUCCAAAGAAGCCGCUUCUUUCACACUCAGAAAUAAGGUUAAAGGUAAGAGAUGUUUGACAAAUAUAGUAACAAGCUAUGUAGCACCGACAAUUCAGAUUGAAGGUGUGUCCGUGUUGACAUGUCAAUGUUGUUAUGUUGUCUGUGUGUGUCUAUGUCAGAGUGAUCAGUUAUGAAUAUGAUCUUUCGUUGACACAACUUGUACAUAAUCAUCAAAGAUUUGUUGCUGUUUAUAAACUGAGAUUGAUGUACCCUAUGUUGUAAAGUAUGUUGUGACAAAAAGUAGUGGACUAUGAAACAAUGAAAACAAAGAUUGUUCAAAUUCUUCUGAUAAA